AUGGCGACCUCUAGUACCGGCAGUCCACCUCGAUGGUCUGUAUCAGGCCCCCCGUCCAAGGCGGCAGGGCCCGGGCUCAGCACCGGAAACUCUGUGUCUGCGUCCUCACGUUCCUUCGUCAAGGUCUCUGGUCGCAAGCUGUCCCUCUCAGAGGGCCCGUCGGUCACCAGUAGUUCCCCUGUCAAGCAGGUGCUUUCGCCACUCGAAUGUGUCUUCCCUCUAUUACUUAGGUCGACUAGCGCUAGUGCUCUCGAGCAGUCCUUUCCCGCGACGGGCGCGGUGAACAUACCGUCCUUCGCCCGCCCAACGAAGACGUCAGCCUCUCGCACUCAGCAUGCACCAGCUAUAUCCAAGACUCCACCCAGACCUGGCAUGCGCCCCCUGGCUUCAAGUCCUCCAAGAUAUGGCAGCACCGCACGUCAAGCUUCAAGUCCGAAGGCGCCAGUGACUUCUCCCAAGCACAAAGACAGCCCUCGUGCACUGGCCAACGCCAACGCCAACGCCGCUCCUCUGACCCCCACCGCGACGACCACCGUUGCUGCUGCUCCUGCCAAGGUACAGGGCUCAUCGAACUUCCUCACGGCUCCAAAGUGGCAGUAUGGCUCGUCGAUACCACUUCCAGCCGUGGCAGAGAAUGUCGAGACUCGGAGGAUCACCAAGGCUCGACGUUACGCUGACGAACGCGCCGUUCAGCCAGGGCGCCUCGAUUCUGCAAUGAAGACGGUGGGCUCGCGGCCUUCGCAGGUGUUCACCUCGAUGUUGGAAGGCCUUCAGGAAGACGAGGAGGAAAGCGAGGAUACCGAUGAGCCCGUUCCUCUCAUCAAGGAGACCAUUCAACCUGCUCUCAAGCAAGAGGCACCCUUCGUACAUGACGAAGAUGAAGACGAGGAUUUGGAAGUGCUCAGACGCAUCCGCGACAAAUUCUCGAAGGUGAUUGCGGACGACAUGGACCAGGACAUCCAAAGCCUGUCGUCAAUGGUCUUCAGGCGCAUCAAAUCGCCCGACUUGAACCCCGAAGCCUACCCUGCGGUCUACGGUGAGCUUAUGCGCUCGCUCGGCGGGCUCGCGUCACUGGUGGAGGAAGUCAAUGGGGCGUUUGGACUCGAUGACGACAAACAUAAAACGUCCGCUGCCACGGUCGGCCCACUUGUGACUGGAUGCGUCGAUACGGUCGUCGACAGUGGCAAUAUCGAUGGCGGCGUUAUCAGCGUUGUACCCCUUGCAAAUGACGAGGUACUCCGCCGAGUUGAUGCUGUGCACGUUCUUGCUCCCACGUCCAUGUUCCCAUCUCCAUCUUACGAAUCAGCACACUGCAUCGUUAAGCAGGCCUGCUUUCCGACCGAAGCACUUGAUAUGAACCCAACUGCAAUAGAAGAUGAAGACGAUGGAUUAAAAAGAAUAAGGCAUGUAUAUCGUUUUGCCGUCUUGUUCCGCAUGUUCGCGGAUUUUCCCCUCGAGAAUGACUUCAACUACGACUUUGACGAUGACGACCAGGACGAGUAUUCGUCCAGUAAGACCUCCAGUAUUUGCUUUAGCGAGUGCUCUAGUACAUCCGAGGAAGACUACAGUCGGCUCUUUGAGAGCGGCGGUCCACUCACAGCGUGCAUUAUGGAGGCGCAAGAAGGCUUGGAGGGAGAGAAGAGAUUUUCAGCACUCGCCACCGACGAGGGCCUUCACCAAGGAGUCGUUAAGCAAGCCGAUGCCGCUCGGAUAUUCACAAAAGGCCACGUCAGGCCCUCAACGCUUGACAUCCACCCUGGUAGCACUGCCGAGUACGGCUGCAUCGGUGAUGUUACUGAGCAAGACAUCUCCGAAUCUGCUUUCCAGAGUGAGCGUGCAUUCACUUCGGUGGAGACUGACAAGCACAUAUCUAUCACGGGUGAGCAGCGGGUCACGGCCUCCAAGGACAAAGCGGCGCUGACUCCUAGGCUUGUUGAAGGCAUAAUCUCUCUUCCCUCUGAGGAUAUUGCUACUGCAAAGUGUUUCUUACCUCGGGCGUUGUCCUCAUACUAUGGUUGA